AUGAGCCUUCGCCUGCCUCUCCGGCGAGGAGGCAAAUUCGCCACCAUCAUCAGCGCCUAUGCACCGCCGAUGAGCAGCCCUGUCGCCUCCGCAAGAGACAAAUUCUACGAGUACCUGCACGCCCUCUUGGCGACUGUGUCGAAGGCGGACAAGUUGAUUGUCCUUGGCGACUUCAACGCCCGCGUCGGCACAGACCAUACUGCCUGGAGAGGAGUGCUGGGCCCCCACGGUCUCCGCGGCUCCAACGACAACGGCCUGCUUCUCCUCCGCACCUGCGCAGAACACCGCCUCAUCCCGACGAACACGUUCUUCUGUCUGACGGAGCGAGAGAAGGCCACCUGGAGGCAUCCUCGGUCGCGUCAGUGGCACCUGCUGGACUAUGUCCUCGUCCGGAUGCGAGAUCAGCGGGACAUGCUGGUGACAAAGGCAAUCGCGGGCGCUGACGGGUGGACCGACCAUCGCCUCGUCAUCUCGAAGAUGCGUAUUCGCCUACAGCCUCGCAGGAGACCACAAGGUAAGCGACCCCCAGGUAAGCUGAACGUUGCUUUGUUGUCUUUGCCUGCUCACCGUCUCCAUUUCAGCAAUGAGCUAGCUCAACGGCUAGACAACCUCCCCAUCGCCGAUGCCGCCGCUGCCGCGAACGCCUCCGUGGAGAACCGCUGGUGUCAACUUCGAGACACGGUUCAGUCGACGGCGCUUGCCGUCCUCGGUCGCGCUCCCCGCCAACACCAGGACUGGUUCGACGACAACGACGCCGCCAUCAGAAAUCUGCUUGCUGAGAAGAACCGCCUACACAAAGCCUACGUAGAUCACCCCACUGAGGCCAACAAAGCUGCCUUCUACCGCAGUCGCCGCCAACUUCAGCAACGACUGCGCGAGAUGCAGGACGCCUGGACUGCUCGCAAAGCUGAGGAGAUCCAAGGCUAUGCGGACCGCAACGAAUGGAAGAACUUCUUCUCCGCGAUCAAAGCUGUCUACGGUCCGCCGACGAAGGGCACUGCUCCUCUCCGCAGCGCCGACGGCUGCACUCUCCUGACUGAGAAGACGCAAAUCCUGCAGCGAUGGGCCGAGCACUUCCGAGGCGUCCUCAACCGCCCUUCCGUCAUCUCCGACGCCGCCAUCGCCCGCUUGUCGCAAGUGGAGACCAACGUGGACCUCGACCUCCCGCCAUCCCUCCAGGAGACCAUCAGGGCCGUGCAGCAGCUCUCCAGCGGGAAAGCACCCGGAUCGGACGCAAUCCCUGCUGAGGUCUACAAGCACGGAGGUCCCCUACUGAUGGAUCACCUGACUGCGCUCUUCCAAGAGAUGUGGCGUCAAGGUGAAGUCCCGCAUGAUUUCAAAGACGCAACCAUCGUGCAUCUCUACAAGCGCAAACGGAAUCGACAAGUCUGCGACAAUCACCGCGGCAUCUCCCUACUGAACAUCGCCGGGAAGAUCUUCGCUCGCAUCCUGCUCAACCGCCUCAACAACCAUCUGGAACAGGGCCUUCUGUCGGAAAGCCAAUGCGGCUUCCGUCGUCAUCGUGGGACCACGGAUAUGAUGUUCGCCGCCCGUCAACUUCAGGAGAAGUGCCAGGAGAUGCGGACCCACCUGUACUCUACCUUCGUGGACCUGACGAAAGCCUUCGACACGGUGAAUCGUGAAGGACUGUGGAAGAUCAUGCAGAAAUUCGGCUGUCCGGAGCGAUUCACUCAGAUGGUGCGUCAGCUGCACGACGGUAUGAUGGCGCGAGUCACGGACAACGGAGCUGUCUCAGAGGCAUUCGCGGUGACCAACGGAGUGAAGCAGGGCUGUGUGCUGGCGCCUACCCUCUUCAGUAUUAUGUUCUCUGCCAUGCUGAUGGACGCCUACCGCGACGAACGCCCUGGAAUCCGCAUCGCCUACAGAACGGACGGUCAUCUCCUGAAUCACCGGCGCAUGAACUUCCAAUCGCGUGUAUCCACAGCCACCGUGCACGAACUCCUCUUCGCCGACGACUGCGCCCUGAACACCACCUGCGAAGCGGAGAUGCAACGCAGCAUGGACCUGUUCUCCGCCGCCUGCGAGAACAUCGGUCUGAUCAUUAACACGCAGAAGACGGUGGUGAUGCACCAACCUCCGACCAACUCAGCCACAGCCCCCAACGCGCCGCCGCAAAUCAGCGUGAAUGGGACCCAACUGCAAGUGGUAGAGAACUUCCCAUACCUGGGAAGUACCCUAUCUCGCAACACAAAGAUCGAUGACGAAGUCGCCAACAGAAUCUCGAAAGCCAGUCAAGCCUUCGGACGCCUCCGAAGCACAGUCUGGAAUCGCCACGGUCUCCAACUGAGCACAAAGCUGAAGAUGUACAAGGCCGUCAUCCUGCCGACGUUACUGUACGGAGCACACCCAUGGACGGUGUACACGAGGCAGGCACGUCGACUGAACCAUUUCCACCUCAGUUGUCUUCGUCGCAUCCUGAGGCUGAACUGGCAGGAACGAAUCCCCGACACAGAAGUACUGGAACGAACGGGAAUGCUCAGCAUCUACGCCAUGCUGAGACAAAUUCAGCUGCGCUGGUGCGGCCACCUGGUGCGCAUGGACGACGAGCGACUACCCAAACGACUCUUCUAUGGAGACGUCGCGACGGGUUCUCGUCGUCAAGGAGGCCAAAUUCGCCGUUACAAGGAUACUCUGAAGUCCUCCCUGAAGCGCCUGCAAAUCAACCCGACCAACUGGGAAGAGCUCGCUCGCGAUCGUCCGACAUGGAGGAGAACAGUGAAGACGGGCGCUGCUAUCUACGAAGCCAACCGCAUCGCCGCCAAAGUGAAACGCGAAGGCCGCAAAUCACAAUCUCGCCCAGUACGCAACGCCGCCGCACAACCGCUCCCUACGUGUCCUCGAUGUCAACGGACAUUCCGGGCACGAAUCGGACUUGUUAGACAUCUCCGAACCAACUGUGCCUCUCGAACUGCCCCAGCCAUCGUCCCCCCGCCCGCCUCUUCCUCGUCCUCUCUGCCGCCAACUAACUCUGACACUCCUUCUGCAUCACCACUUCCAUCCUCCUCCUUCUCCUCCACUGCCCCAGCGGCGGCCGUUCAGACUGCCGUCUCACACAUCACCAACCCCGGCACAAUAAACACCACCACCCCCACCUCUCCCGAUUCCAGUGAUGAGGAUCAGGACUACACCUGCCCUCACUGCGACCGCACCUUCACCUCUCGCAUCAUCCUGGUCGGUCACUUGCGAAUCCAUCGCACAGAGACUGGUGAACCAGUGCCUGGAGCACCAACCUACACCCACCGCAUUCGCCUCCACUGCCCACAAUGCCCUCGCACCUUCACUCACCGCAUGGGCCUGUUCGGCCACAUGCGCAUCCACGAGAGCGGAAUUGACCGCAGCCUUGACACACCCACCCCGCCGAGCCCCACUCCCAAUCCAUCACCUUGUGCACCCACUAACCACUCCCCAGCCGACAUCGACGCCACCGACCUUACCACCCCUCACUCCUCCCCUUCCUCCUCCUCUUCCUCCCUCACUGCCACAACGACGGCCGCUUCGGCGUCUGUCGCCCACGGCUUCACCACAGCCGAACCUGACACAACAACAGGCACAACCCCUGCAACCUCCAUCAUCAGACGUGAGGGCCAGGACUACAUCUGCCCUCACUGCAAUCGCACCUUCACUUCACGCAUCGGCCUGGUCAGUCACUUGCGAAUCCAUCGCACAGAGACCGGCGAACCAGUGCCUGGAGCACCAACCUACACCCACCGCACUCGCCUCCACUGCCCACACUGCCCUUGCACCUUCACGCAUCGCAUGGGUCUAUUCGGCCACAUGCGCAUCCACGACGACCUGUGGUAG